CUGGGGCCGCUCUGACUAUAUAAACUUUUACAUUUACAGAGACGCAUGAAAUCUGAUUUACUCUUAUUUGACGGACUCAUACCUUUUUCUUCGGUAGUUCUGAUUACAGAUAACUCAAUGUUGGCUUCUGCGGUGACGUCAUUCCAUCGACAGGCGAAUAGCGAACGUCGUUUCGGGAUGUCUUCGCCUUCAUCGUCGGCUGCUUGUAGCUUGCCUGUCGCUGCUGUAGCUGGAAUCCAGGCCUCGGCCUCUUCCACCAGCACAUCUACAGCCACAGUGACCGCUGGGCAUUCCACCAGCCCCGCUUUCUCUCCAGACCUUCAAGCGCAAAAGUCUGUGCUUGAAAGUCUGUUAGAGCGAAAGCUGGUUGAAGGAGACUUUUGGUAUGUCAUAGUGGCCGAGUGGUUGGAGCAGCUGAAAAAGUAUCUCAGUAUUUGCAGUACACGCAAAUACUACGGCCAGCGCCCAUCCAGCCCUCCAGGACCUAUACUGACUAGACGAGACUAUGCACACACGGUGGACGUUGUGCAUGAGGACGCCUGGCGUAUGCUGAUCACAUGGUAUGGACUUGCUGAAGGUCACAAGCCUAUGAAACUGGUUGUGUACAAGUACGCCAGAGGACCGGAGAUCGAACACAAUAUCAACUCUUUCAAGAUCAUGAUGAGCAACUCGGCACCAGAAGACUUCCACAUCGUUCGCUUUAGCAAAAUGGAGAAAGUUGGUCACGUGGAACACAAAGCUAGACAACUCUAUGGCAUAAACCCAGGACAUGAGACGCGACUUUGGGCUAAGCCAGAGGCAGACACUGAAUGGCGUCCCCUGUUUUGUCGUGACAAAUCCGUGGGCGUGGUUUUGGACAUGGACUCGGACUUCAUUCGGCCUGUGCUCGCGCUGGAGCUUCAGGACGAAGAGGGGCAGUGGAUGGGCGGGCCCGAGGAGACGGAGGCGGGGCCUGUGGACGAGAAGAGAGGUCAGCUGGUGGAGACGAGUAUGUUUGAAGACGUGACUGCUACGUGGGAGGUGGACAUUCAUGAACAGAUUGAGCAGGCAGGCAAGACUUUACUGGGGGCACUACACAGCAACUUCAACGUUUUCCUACAGAGAGCCAAAGACUACGUGGAAUCGCGCGAGGCGCAGCUGAGAGAGAGGGAGCGACAACUGUGUGCCCGGGAGUCUGUCACUGAACGUCUGGCUACGAGACUCGAACUCAAGGAACACAGACUGCAGGACGAGCUAACUCAGUGUGAAACAAAAAUUAAGGAGUACGAGAGUCGAAGGUUGGAAUUGGAGCGGGAGUUUGCUGACCGUGAAGAGGAGAUGACAUGUCGUCUAGUGGACAAAGAGGAAGAGCUUGCAAAAGAAGUUGCCGAACUGAGGGAGGAGAAGGACAAGUUUCAAGAGGAACUCAAGAGAAUGGCUGAGUUACACCAAGUACAGGAGAGUCGAAUAAAGCUGGAUAUUGGAGGGCAGCAGUUCACAACCUCACUGCUCACGCUCGGUCGAGAUCCAAACUCCAUGUUAUCGGCAAUGUUUAGUGGCCGCCAUGACCUGAAAGCUGAGAGUGACGGAAGUUACUUCAUUGACCGGGAUGGCACACACUUCAGGCAUGUGCUCAACUACCUGCGCGAUGGCUGUGUGCGUGAGGGCACAUUGCCCCACAACGACACCGUGUGGCGGGAGCUGCUCACAGAGGCAGAGUUCUUCCAGCUGCAGGAUUUGGCAGACUUCUUAAGGGAACUGCUGGCUCGUCGGGACUCAGGCUGAAGGAAGGGGAGACAGCGCAACAGAUAGGGCGACAUCUGAUUCAAUCGUAUGGAUGGAACUAUGACAUACAUGCUUUUGUUGAGUGAGGGCAGAUAAAACAAUGAACAUAACAGCAGAUUUCAUUGCUGGGCAGAAAAGAUAAACACAUUCUAGUUGAGGGAAAUAAGACCUAAAAGUGGACACAACAUCAUAUUAACAUUUUGACCGAGCAGAGAGUGGGCAAAAGAAUGAACAAUAUCAGAUUCUAUUACUUUUAUUGAGCAAAGAACCCCCCUCCCUCCAAAAAAUCCCUAAAAACAACAAACAACCCAGUGACUUUGACUGAGAAAGCAUAAACAAAUGCUCACACAUAAACUGCAAGGCUUGCCAUUUUCUUUCUUUAAUUAAUACUGGGAUGAGAGGUCACACAAUGAACAUGGCAUCUAAUGCCAAAAUGAAUUCACACGCUCACCCUCUGCCUCACUCGCAUGCACAUGUUGGGGUACAUACACCCUCAUAUGAAAACUGCCAUCUCACGGACAACUGAUGUACGCAAAGUUGUCAGGAACAACCAGACACCAAAAAUGCCACCAGAAUGGCUACUAAAAUAUAUCCUGUUCAUUCACUUUGGAUGAAUCAAAGGGCUGUAUUCUUACAUGUGAUUCUAUGUGUGUUGAGAAACAUGCAUGAACUACAUGAACAUGUUUUUAUGAUUUUGAUAUAUCGCUGUCAACAGCACCAAAGUGUAUUAACUAUUAAACCUGUGUGGUGCAAGUAGCACAUAUAUUAUAUUUGAUCUCCUCUUUUCACCUUUGGCUCCUGUUCCUACUUCUGUGUGACACAUCGUGAUCCCCACCCCUUCCCCUCCCCAAACAACCUGGCCCACUGCUGUUCACCAGCAGGAGAUUCCACCCCUCUGAUGAAGAAUAAAAGAAUAGUAACAUCAUGGACCACAGUCAAAAGGUGUCUUUUGUUCGAUAGAAGAUUACCUUUUUAUCAGUCCAACUCUGGUAAUGAUUCAUGUUUUCUUUCAUGGCAAGCUGUUAGACUUAGACAUCCUACUAUUUCAUGUCUCAGAUUAUUGUUUGUGUUGACAUUUUAGGGAAACUUGAAAUAGCCAAACUGUGGCCAUUCAGUGCUUUCAAAUACAUAUGUACAAAGUUGAUGGCACAAGCUUUUGUCCUAAAAACCAGUGUCCCCAACCAUCUCUGUCACACAGACACAAAGCAACAACAGUUGCAAGUUUUAUGCUUUUUAUUCCCAAAGGGGUUGGGCUGGGGGGAACAAUGGCAUGACCUUUUAGUUUUGCAGGGUUUAAUUUUUCUUUUCUUUAAAACUGUUGGCUGAACUCUCAAACUGAUACUUGGGAGAUUUCAACUGUUGCCCAAAGAAAUUAAAAUGUUGCUGUUUCAAAUUAUUA